GACGCUGAUGUCGACUGCAGGCCGUCUUCCAUAUGAAGGCCUCCAUCUCUCCUCUGUGCUGCUCUUACUGUGAAUAUGGUCCUCCGCCAUCUGCGCGGUUAUAGAUCUCCUAUCGUGCAAGUCAGUCGUGCUCUCAGGACGUACUCCGCGCUCGACCAUCCCGAUGUACUGCCAGAAAGGCCUCAGGGUGUCCAGCGUCGUGUUCAGGACAGGAUUGCUUCCAUUGAGGCCGAGCGCGGGGUCUCGCCCUUCCUGAUGGACGCAUACAACCGGCAGCACAACUACCUUCGCAUCUCGCUGACGGAACGCUGCAAUCUCCGAUGCUUCUACUGCAUGCCGAGCGAGGGCGUCGAACUAUCGCCACCAGAGCACCUCCUUUCGGAUGAUGAAGUCAUCCGUCUGGCAACGCUGUUCGUAAAGAGCGGCGUUUCCAAAAUACGACUGACGGGUGGAGAGCCUACCGUCAGAAAGGGCAUUGUCGAAAUAGUCGGCCGGCUCAACGAGCUGCGCAAAUAUGGGCUGCAGGCGAUCGGAAUGACGUCCAACGGCAUUGCGUUGCCCCGGAAAUUGCCCGCCCUUGUUCAGAAUGGGCUCACGCACCUGAACAUCAGCUUGGACACCCUUGACCCCUUCAAGUUUGAAAUAAUGACGCGCCGGAUGGGCCACGAUGCAGUACUGCGAUCACUCCGCGCGAGUUUGGCAACCCCAGAACUGCAGUCGGUGAAACUGAACGUCGUCGUCAUCAAAGGCUUGAAUGACCACGAGGUCUUGGACUUCGUCGAAAUGACGAAGGACAGCCGGUUGUCUGUGCGCUUCAUCGAGUUCAUGCCCUUCACAGGCAAUAAGUGGGACAAGGCGAAGAUGGUUCCGUCUUCAGAGUUACUCUCAAGUAUACAAGCACGGUAUCCGGCACUCCGCAAAGGCUCUGACGAGCUGAACGACACCGCGCGCUCAUACGUCAUACCUGGCUACAGAGGAAGUUUCGGUUUCAUCAGUAGCAUGUCCGACCACUUCUGCGGCUCUUGCAAUAGAUUGCGGCUUACUGCGGACGGACAAAUCAAGGUCUGUCUCUUCGACGCCAAGGAGGUUUCACUGCGGGACGAGAUGCGUCGAGGAGCGAGCGAUGACGUGCUUCUCAUGACCAUUGGCAGAGCGGUCUCAGGGAAGAAGGAAAAGCACGCCGGUAUGGAAGACAUCGACGUCGUCACAAAUCGACCCAUGAUUCUCAUCGGCGACGUGCAUCGCCCCGUCCCCACCCGGUCAAUUCAACGCUCACCGAGAUCGCGAUCGGAGUGUACCCGCAACUAUAGUCCGCGAGCGCAUGCCGCUCGCUCCCUUGCAGUACGGCGUUUCAGCACGGCACCCACUGGUCACGGUGGCACCCCAUCUGCACGCCUUACGCAUAUUGAUGACGCUGGCCGCGCCUCUAUGGUUGAUGUAUCUCCGAAAGAGCCUACUCGUCGGACCGCUACUGCAUCGGGUCGCAUAAUCAUCCCGAGGGUUGCUUACGAGCUCGUCACCGACGGCACUCAAGAAGCUGACCACGGACAUCUGGCCAACAACGCGGAGAUGACGGCUCUUCUCAAAGCGAAGGAGAAGGCCCGGUCGAAGGGAAACGUGCUCGUCGUCGCUCAGCUGGCAGCGAUCAUGGGCUGCAAGCGCACAUCGGAGCUCAUUCCGCUCUGCCAUCCUCUUCCCAUCUCGCAUGUUUCCGUGACGCUGCAGCCCGAAGCUCAUCAUAUCAACGUCGGCGUCCACUCCCGGUCCGCUUCCGACGCGCCUACGGUUGCUAUUGACAGCUUCGCAGUCCACACAAGGUCCGAGAUCGGGCUUGGGGAGGCGAGUCAGGAACCCACGUGCAGCAUCGUCUGUCGCGCAACAGUCUCGUGCGAGGGCAAAACCGGAGUGGAGAUGGAAGCCCUGACUGCGGUAUCUGUCGGGCUGCUGACAGUGUGGGACAUGCUCAAGGCAGUAGCCGGGAAGGAAAUGGUCAUCGGAGAAAUCUUGGUAGAACGCAAGACCGGCGGGAAGAGUGGUGACUUCGAGCGGUGGAGUGCGGAACAGGAGUGACGGUGAGGCGAUGCUUUGUGUCGGCAUACCACAUGAAUGGCAAUUCGCAAUCUUCGUGUGCAUGAAAGCUCGCGGUCAAUUGCGAUUAGC